AAACGAAACGAACUAGUUUUUGGAACGUCGUUCAAAUGAAUAAAUUUGUCUUUGUUUACGUUUACUAAGUGCAUUGAUUCGAUGCAAUGGCGUCUACUCUGGACGAGGAGUCUGCAACCAAGCCCGUUUUAGUAAAUGAAGAGGACCCACUUACCGAGGAGCGUCUUGGCUUGGUGCGCGAAGUGGGCGCUCAAGCCGUCUGGAGUCUCUCGUCAUGCAAGCCAGGAUUUGGUGUGGAACGCUUGCGCGACAAUAUAAUGGAUACAUACUGGCAAUCUGAUGGCCAGUUACCCCAUUUGGUGAACAUACAAUUCCAUAAGCGCACCAAUAUUAGUCAGAUCUUUAUCUACACUGACUAUAAACUUGACGAGAGUUAUACACCAUCGAGAAUUUCCAUACGCUCCGGGACCAACUUUAAUGAUCUUCAGGAGCUGCAGGUAAUUGAUCUGACGGAGCCAAAUGGCUGGGUGCAGAUACCCAUUAAAGAUGGCAACGUCAAAUCGCUGCGCACUUUCAUGCUGCAGAUCGCAGUCAUCUCGAAUCAUCAGAAUGGACGUGAUACUCACAUGCGACAGAUUCGUGUCCAUGCUCCUUGUGGCGGCAAGGGCAAACAUUAUCCACUAGAACUGUUUGGCAAAUUCGGCACAGUCGAUUUCCAAAAGUUUUCAACCAUACGUUAAGUGAACUAUUUGUAUUCUUUACCUUUUUGUGCUGUUCGGAAAUAAAAACUAUCACGCUGUAGUAUUAAAUCAUCAA